CUGGAGGAGCAAAUCUCCCGGUCGCCUUCCCUACUCACGCUCUGGCCUACAAGAAUCCUUCCAAAUAUGAUCAUUUCAUCCGCCGCCACCAUCACCGCGGCAGCUCCACCGUCUUCUCACCCACCCAGUUGCGUUAUCUCCUUCAAACCUUGCAGCAGCGCCCCACAACCCGCCGCUCUUAGAUUCUUAAACCGGAGGAAGUUGAAGCGAAUCGGAAAUCAACGCGGCAGGAGAGGGAAAAACUUGUGCAGGGCGGAGCUCCUACACGACGCUCCUUUUGCCGCCGCGAUCGGAUCGUGCGUCCUCACUUCGCUUGUAGCUCCGAUACAUUCCACUGGCUCUGAAGAUGAGGAUGAGGGCGGUGCCAUUGAUUCUACUGAUGCGAGAUUCGCCGUCAUGGGGAUCAUCGGUUUCAUUCCUUACUUCAAUUGGUUGAGCUGGGUGUUUGCGUGGCUUGAUACUAGCAGACCGCGCUAUCUUGUUUACUCCAUUGUUUAUUUGGCUCCGUACUUGAGGACAAAUCUAUCACUAUCUCUGGAUGAAAGCUGGCUGCCUAUUACUGGUAUCCUUGUUUGCAUUAUUCACAUUCAGCUUGAAGCAAGCAUCAGAAAUGGAGAUCUUGAGGGUUUUGCUUUCUUUAACAAGGCGUCCAAGUUAGUAUCCCCCUUCAUUGAGAAGAAUGAUUCUGUUAACAGUCAUGACAAAUCAUCUGGGGGAAGAAGUAAGAAGCAUGGUGGUCUACCACCAUCUGCUGAAGGCAUUGGGGAAACAAGGGAGAAGAAGUCAGAAUAAUCAAACGAAAUGUGAGCAUUUGAGCUUCUUAAAAUAGAGGUUUAUUUAACAUAUAAUCAGGCAAUAAUCUACAGUGAAAUGUUAGAUUAGUAUGUACCUUGCUUUGUUAUUUACUUUGGUAAUGCAUUCAGUUCAGUUUUGUUUGCAUUUGUAGACUUUAACUAACAAAAUAUUGUCACUGAAGUACUGCUAUAAGACCUGUAGAUUAUUGUUGCAAAUAAUUCUAUUACUAUUAAUUGCAUUAAA